AUGGCGCCGUUGUUGGUCCGAAUGAUCGUGCAGCCAUCCAUCGAGAUCCGCCACCGAAAGGAAAUCACGCGCGUCUGGAUGUCGACCAUCGACGCGUUCAUGCUCGACCCCGGCGACAAGCAUUUGAAGAUGACAUUAAGUUUUGGCGCGCUGCACGGCUACCCGGACAACAAUGACAUGAUGUGCAUUAUGACGCGUGAUGCACGGCUCGACAUUCAACUCUUAAACGUCGUCGGUGUACUGCCGCCGAAGCCCGAACCUGUUGUUGCUGGGCCCGCGACGCCGGCCCCGCAGGACAAACCCAAGAAAAAGAAGAAGAGCCGCCGCCGUCGGCGUCGUCGUGCUCAAGUCGGAACGUCGUGCGGCCCAUCGGCGAUCACGUUGACGGCGACGACGCGUGAGUUGCCCACCGCAGAGGUGUACUCUGUUCAACUGCUGGCGGCGAGCGCGCGACUUGACCAGCUCGCCUUCGUCGCCCCGGCCGAGCUGCAGCAGCCGAGACGGAGGCAUAAUAACAGGUUUUCCGAGGCGCAUCACUUUAAAGUCACGCUGACCCUGUUGCAGACGUCAAGCGCCGAGAUGGCCGUCCGCGAGCAGUCCAACUCGAACUUGGCGCAGCUGGGCGCCCGCGAUGACGACACUUGCCAAGACGUGAAGAGCAUCGACGAGUCGUCCCCAAGGGCAAAGAAGCUGGUGCCGGCGGCAACGUCGACGCGGAAGAAGGAUGGGCCCGGAGGAGGAGGA